GUUUUUGGAGCCGAGCUACCCUAUUUUCUGUUCUCCCAUAUUGCGUCUGAGCCCUCCGUGGAUUUCGUUGACGCGGAAGUCGACUUGAUCUCUGUUUUGCCCGAGGACGGCCUGUCUCACCCGGGAAGAGAUGGCCACGCAAUCAGUGCCAGAUCUUGAGGUUCAAGACUUGGAUUCGGAGGGCCACGCAACGGUUACAUUCAGAUAUGAUCCCAGAACCCAGAAGCUUCAAGUCCAUCAUCCACAGAGGGCGUUGUCGCCCAAGACAUCCUUGCUCACGAAAUGCAUGAGCCCCUUCCUGCCAGCGGGCUAUCCUUCUUCUGUCCGACCGGACUACACUCCCUACCAGAUCUACGAUUCCGUGCAGGCGUUUGCCUCUACCAUUGCAGGAUUGCUAGCCUCACGGGCCGUCUUCGUGGGAAUGGGUGUGGGCUCCGAGGAUGCCUCGCUCGUGACCACCAUGUUACUGUACAUUGCACAAGAAACCAUCGGGCGGGUUGCCACGAUUUUGUUCGCCUACCAAUUCUCGCAGAAGAUCGAAGCAGAAGUCAAGUUCUAUCGCUUCUUUGCCGAUAUUGUCAAUGAUAUAGCGUUCAUUCUUGACUGCCUGAGCCCUGGUCUGCCACUGCUAGGGCGAAUCUGCACUCUUUGUGUCAGCAAUGCGUGCAGAGCCGUCUGCGGCGUCUCUGGCGGGAGCAGCAAGGCCAUUUUAAGCUCCCACUUUGCAAGAGAAGGCAAUAUCGGAGAACUCAAUGCCAAAGAUGGCAGCCAGGAGACUGUCGUCAGCUUGGUCGGGAUGUGGGCCGGCGGCUUGCUUGUCAGCAAGGUGCAGGGCACCUUCGAGACUUGGUGCUGCUUGAUACCUCUGCUAGCAAUGCAUCUGUGGGCGAAUUGGAAAGCAGUGCAGAGUGUGCGCCUGACUUCGCUCAACAAGCACAGAGCCGUUAUUCUGUUCAGCGCGCUUCUCCAGGGCAGGGCCAAAGGUCCAAAUGAGGUAGGCGAAGAGGAACCGAUCCUGGGCUUGGGGAAGAUGUUCGGUGGCUCCAAUGAUCAGAACGCCUUCCAAGUUGGUGUCAGCGUGACCAAGUUUCUGCAACACUUACCUGGCCAUGUGAAUGAUUCCUCGCGAAAAUAUCUUUAUUUUGCUCAGCUGCUAGGGGUAUUCCAAGAGGAAGAUUAUCUGCUCUGGUGGGAUGGGCAGUCAAACCAAGGAUUCGUGCUGCUGAAAGAAUCGGCCAAGAGCGAAACACAGGCAAAGGCAGUCUGCCACCUGCUUCGAAUAUCGAUGGGGUUGAAAGCAGCCACGAAAACUGGGAAACCAUCGCAGCAACAUGGUCCUGGCCAAGGCCCUCAAGAGGUUUUCAGAGACACACCGAGUCCUGAGCUGAACAUACUAUCUUCCAUUCCUGGGAAGAACCUCAACGUCCAUGAUCAGUCCUUGCACUCGCACGAUGCGCUUGACCCAGUUGUUCAAUUAAUCAUUGACACUCUCCGGGAACAUCGACAAGAGUGGCAAAAUAUGCGCGAUCUCAUUCAGCGCCUUGGCUGGGAUGUCAAUCUCACAAAUCUCGUUAGAGGACCUUGUCACCGCAUCCAAGUGAACGGCGCUCCAUUUGAGAACAAAAAAGACAGAUGAGGAAGUCAGUCCUUGGGGGAAAUUUUUCUGCCACGUUUCCACCGACAGAGACUGUCUGUCCUCACCUGUCACCGUGACCUAGGUAAAGCCAUGUGGUCA